AUGAUGGGUAUUGCUAUAGAUAUUGUAUGGGCAGCUACUAUCAUCGUGCAAUUCAUAAUUGGGAAUGUUGCAAAUGGAUUCAUAGCAUUGGUGAACAUCAUAGACUGGGUGAAGAGAAGAAAAAUCUCUUUAAUGGAUAAGAUCAUUACUGCUUUAGCAAUCUCUAGAAUAGAUCUGCUGUGGUCUACAUUCUUAAUUACACUAAUAUCUUCACUGGAUCCAGAUAUAAAAAUGGCUGUGAAAAUCAUUAGAAUAAACAAUAACACCUGGAUUAUUGCAAAUCAUUUCAGCAUUUGGCUUGCUACAUGUCUCAGCAUCUUUUAUUUUCUCAAGAUAGCCAAUUUUUCUAACUAUAUUUUUCUCUACUUAAGGUGGAGAUUUAAAAAGGUGGUUUUGGUGACAUUGCUAAUCUCUCUUAUCUUCCUGCUUUUGAAUAUUUUACUGAUGAACAUACAUAUUGAUAUCUGGAGUGAUGCAUCCAAAAGGAACCUUUCUUUUAGUGUCAGGUCAAAUAAUUGCACUCAAUUUUUCAGACUUGUCCUUUUAAUCAACACAAUGUUCACAUCCAUCCCCUUUACUCUGUCCCUGUUGGCUUUUCUGCUUCUCAUCUUCUCCCUGUGGAGACACUUAAAGACCAUGCAGUGCCAUGCUAAAGGCUCCAAAGAUCCCAGCACAGCUGCACACAUAAAGGCCUUACACAUGGUAGUGGCCUUUCUCCUGUUCUAUACAGUUUUCUUUUUGUCUCUUGCCAUACAAUUUUGGACCUCUGAGUCUCAAGAGAAAAGCAACCUGUUUUAUGCCACAAUUAUCAUUACUUUCCCUUCAGUCCAUUCAUGCAUCCUGAUUCUGAGAAACAGCAAGCUGAGGCGGGCAUCUCUUUUGGUGCUGUGGUGGCUGCUCUGCAAGUCCAAAGAUGUACAGACUUUGGUUCCCUGAA